CCAUCAAUAUGAUUGUUUAUCAAAUUAUUUCUAAUACAUAAUUACCGCAAAAGUCAGUAUUAUCUAGCAAAGCGUCUAAUUUAUCAAAAUAUAACACAAACAUUGCGAAAUACGUGUAAAUUUCCAGUGUGUUCGACGAUGUUUUAAGUGUAACACACAAAAUUCCAAAUUUAAUUCCCAAAAUGAUCUCUCUGAAGUCUCUCUUUUAUUUGUUAUUUACAUGCAGUAUUGUGGCAGCUGAUGAUCCGUCAGUAUAUCAAAAUUCGUGGAACGGCCAUUGGUUCCCAUAUAACCCAGGGACCACUCAAGACUUAAACCCUUCAUUUGAAAUCCGAAAAAAUUUGUAUGACGCCGACCACGGUAUCAUGAUGGGGGUUAGAAACCCACAUUGUGACGACGGCAAAACCCACCUUGAAGUCGACUGGGAUUUUAAUCCCAUCAACUAUACAUGCUUUAUUCUUAACAGGCACAACAUGUACAAACCUCGCAGCGAUGUACAACCUACAUAUUCGUAUGACUAUAUACCCAAAGGCUAUAGUGCACUCCAUAAGUGCAUGUCUGACCCUAUUGACUAUAAUGUGGUAAUACCAACAUUUGGGACCCACCGCCCCCUGUGGGCCAAAUACGGCGAAUACACAUUCCUACCGCGACAACGAUGGGUGCACAAUCUAGAGCAUGGUGCCGUAGUUAUGUUAUAUCACCCCUGUGCUGAUAAAAACGAAGUUAAUAUGUUAAGGAUCUUGGUUAAGAAAUGUCUCUACAGACACAUUAUAACACCUUAUAAUCUACUAACUGCGGAACGUCCUUUGGCUUUGGUUACGUGGGGUCAUCGCUUAGAAAUGUCAAAGGUGGCGCCGGAACUAGUGUUAGAUUUUAUAAGAAAACAUGCAUUGAAGGGACCUGAACAAACCGCAAGAGAUGGCCAGUACAGUUUGUUUCUGGAAAAGCAUGCCGAUAUCGUUAGUGAUAUUGGUGACCAUGAGAUCUGUAAAGUUUAUGAUUUUAUAGAGUAAUGUGAUGUUAUUGUGCUUAAGGAGAAAUGUGUGCAAUUAUUGAUGUGACGGCGUACUAAAAUAUAUAAUAUAUACUAUUUUGUUGUAACGAAUGACUAUUUUUCUGUUUGCACUAUCUUAUGAACAAAAAUAAACUAACUUAUCAUGA